AUGGUCAUGGUUACAUUACGCUUCGAGUUUGCCAUGGGGAGUGACAUCAGAAGGAGUGAAGCAGACAGGAAGUGGCCCGAGAUGAAGGAUCAGUCCAUGACGCAAGAGAAGCCUCCUCCUGGUCUCCCAGCGGUAACCAACGGGAUGGAAUCAGUCCAGCAAGUCGGAAGAGGCUAUAGAAGAGACGAAACCUCGAGUCCUCGGACACCGGCAGGAUGGGGAGGGAAGGCAGAGGCUAGCCCUCCAUGGAGCCACAGACGCUGGAACAGCCAGCCUGCUGACGUCGCCAAGACACCGGUUCCGCUCACAGGGGCAAUCAGAGAGCCUCCAAGAGAGAACCGGCUUCUUAAGAAGUUAGAGGGCGAUGGAAGACGUCGAACGAAGACGUGGCCGGCGGGACAUCAGAGGCGUGAUCCUGAGGAACUUCCUUCCUUGUCGUCAAGUCGUCAAGACGAAAACACGUCAGCAAGCUGGCCUGGAGAAGUCAUCACCAGGACAACGGGAGAUCGGAACGACCGAGUUGUCAGCUGGCAAGCUCUAUGUCAUAGUGAUGGUUGCAGUAGGCGUCGGUGGCCGAAAGGCUCGAAAGUUCCACAAAAGCCGAGCCUGUACAACAUCUGCCCAACCUGCCAUUGGAGCCGUAUGGUGGAAACCGCUGGUAAGGCAGCAGCAUCAUCAAACGAUGGUAUGUACGGUGCCAAAAAGCAAGCAUUACCCCAAGCAGUUAACGUCCCACUAGCGACCAAUGGAUGGAUUCCUAACAGAAGGCUCGGUAUGUCUGCGUCUGAGGAGGAUGGCAUCCAGCCUAACAGUCCGGAACAACGACGUCAGCCAUUGGACGAAAGCGCCGUCGCAUUCCCCGUCAUUGAGGAGGAGAGCCAAUCAUGGAAGCUGGCUUACGACUGGAAGAGGGGUCGCAAACAGAAGCAGCAUGCCAAAACGCCCCCUGUCAAUGGCCAAUACAAGGAGAGAUGGAUGAGACUAAUGUUUAUGGGAAAACGAGAGCUUGAUUUUGGGCCAAUGUCCUUUGUCACAAGCGAUGGGAACAGAAUAACCUUCGAUAAUGUCUGGAAGUUUGAAAAGGAAUCGGACUUUUGGAAUAUCUUUGCAUUUAGCUACCCCGAUACGAAACCUACAAGCCUACAGCCUGCAAGUCUCUUAAGCAAUGCUAGAACAAAGCCAUCAGGCCAGAAACGGUCUGCAUUUGUUAGUCGAUUUGGAAAGAGAGGCCUGCCCCCUAAUUCGAACAUCCCUCUCCAAAAACGUAGUUUUGUAAUUCGUUUGGGAAAAAGAGAUGGUUCGAGAAAAUUCUCCCAACCCGCUUGGAAGUGGAAGCGGUAUUCGUGGCGUUUUGUGAGCCGGUUUGGGAAACGGUGCCUCAUCCGGGACAAAGAUGACUUCACGAGCCCUUUAGGCAAACGGAACAACCGUGAAGACAAUGAUAAGUUUACCAGUCGUUUUGGAAAACGAGGGUUGAAUGGAGACAAGUACGACUUUACCACCCGUUUCGGGAAACGAGACAACCAUGGGGACUUCGACCGUUUUGCAAGCCGGUUCGGGAAGAGAAACGCGGACGACUUUACACGUCGUUUCGCGGUACACAAUAACGGUGUAAACGAAGAUAAAUUUAAGAGUCAGAUUGGAAAGCGAAGCAAUAGUUGGGACAAACGCGACUUUACUAGCCGUUUCGGCAAACGAGGCAACCUGUUUUCAAGCCGGUUCGGAAAACGACGCGACAUUAGUUGGGGUGAAGAGGACUCAUCAAACCGUUUUCAGAAACAGAACAACCACAUUGGUGUCGGUGACCUGGCCUCUAGUCGGUUGGAGAAACGAAGCAGUAAUUGGGAUGAGCAUGACUUCACAAGUCGUUUCUGGAAACGGGAUGACGGCAAGAACACUGACUACUUCUCCAGUCGUUUUGGAAAACGGUCAGACGGUGGAAUCGGGGACGACUCUUCCACUCGCUUCGGAGGAGGAGGCAGCAAUAGAGACAAUCGGAGCUUCAUGCGGUUUGGAAAAGGAAACAACUUUCACCAGAUCUCCAGUAUUCACCAUCACAGCGUUCCACAUCCGACGAAACCAGAAAGCCAGGUCAGUCCAAUGACGACGUCAGAUCCAACAACCUUAAGUCAGGUCAUAAGAAUCAGUCGCAGGAGUAUUGGUAGAAAACCUCCGAGGGGGCGGUUGAUUCUUCUAGGCCGAGGAGGUGAGGACAACCAACCGGUACAUUUCCCUCCCCGGAAACUAGUGUCCCCAGCCUGCCUCAACUCAGAGAACAGUUCGAGUUGUGAUGUCCCAACAGCGCACAGGGAACGUCGAUCAAUAACGCCGUUGAAUAACGACAACACGGUCCAGACCCCAGAUGGGAAGUCAAUGCUUCCGGUACUCAUCAGCCCUGAAGGUAUUCACAAGGGUUUAAAACCUUCUUGGGUCGCCACGACUCAUGAUGGCCAAGCUUACGGCAAACGACGUACCAAGCGCGGCAUCUUCGGACUGAAAUCAAAGGACAUGCGGCCCGUCAUACGACUAGGCAAGAGGCGGCCCGUCAUCCGAUUGGGCAAGAGGAGGCCUAUCAUUCCACUAGGCAAGCGGCGUUCUGUCAUCCGACUAGGCAAGAGGAGGCCGACCAUACUUUACCCAUCUGACGGCAAAGGCAGUCUAGGGGCUCAGAAGAGAGGGCUGUACGGCAACGUUCUACGGCUGGGGAAAAGAGCGCAAGCACACGAAGCAAUGGCGAUUCCCGAUGCCAACAUCGUCGCUCACGUCCACGCACCACCCUUGAAUAACAGUGGGCAGAACCAGCGCAUUCGUGGGGGCAGGUGGGCGAUGACGCUACCUACGCAUGGAAGACGUCUCAAGCAGAUUCCCAGCGGUGAUCAUGCCGCCCCCUCGUCCUAUAAACGCGCGUACAGUCCCAGAAGGAUCAUUAGUGCAGGAAACACGGAUCAGAUCAAGCUAUCGGCCAUAGAAGGCGACAUCCCACGCAAUGGGCGGCCUCGUGGAGGCAUACGACAAAGCGAAAAUCAGGAACGUAUUGAAGGGCAUUGGAGUCCACCUGGCUCCAAAGGCACCAUUCGUGUACGUCAGUCUAAUGCGGCUACAUCAGAACCCGCACAGCCUAGUCCAGGUCUUCGUAACAACAGUAAGGCAGGAGAAGCCAUCGAGAAAAGGACAAACGUAAAAUCUGGGAAAAGUAUUGCCGAUGACGACUUAUAUCUUAUCCAAAAAUUUGAGGACUCGGUGAAAGCUCGACGUUCACCCGAAACGUACUCGAAGGCGACCUGGGACGGCGGCACGGCGGACUGAUAUUUCCGAAAAUCGCCGUAAAACGUCGACGGUCGUUAGAAACACGA